UUGUGGAUCGUCAGAGCAGUAGACGUGGGUCGUCUGAUAGGAUCACUCGUGUCUGACGGAGUCUAUGACCCCUGCGAUCACCAGACCGUGUCCAGCGCGCGUGAGCCAGUGGUCAUUGGAUUCUAGUACAACAACAAAUGAAAUUUACAAGGGAGGCUACUGAUGAAAACGUAAUUACGGGUUACUAUUUAAUGGAUUACUUCCCUUGUGCAAACUCAGGAAAAUUUAGCGGACCCCAUCCGUGGAUUCUGAACGUCAAAAGUUGAUAGUAAUUUAUCCAGUUGGACUGACCAGUGGAUUUACCAGUUGGAUUUACCAGUGGAUUUACCAGUUGGAACUACUGGCAGGUUCUCAACAUUUUUUAGUGUUGUGUAUGUGUCUACACCAUGUUGACACCCAAAGUGAAUUCAUUGAAAGGAACAGUUAAUGUCCUUGUGGAGGUGUGUUUGUAGUAUUUCCUGGAUUACCUCCCGUAUAAUGCCGGAGUUGGAUUACACCAUUGGUUUCUAUUCCUGCGGAUACUUGUCUGUUAAUCAAAAUGAGAAUAAUAAAGGGUCCGAUACCGCCAUCAAUUUUCUGUCCCUUGGCUAACAAGACCGAGGACGCCUCGGGUCAGGUCAAAGUGAAAAGGAAAUGCGGACGUCCAAGAAAUCCGAUUCCUCGUCACAAGAGAGAGUCGCACAUCAACGCCGAGCACAGAAGGAGGGGAAAAAUCCAGAAUGGAUUCCGAACGCUGAAAAAUAUGGUACCUCGAUACGAACAGACUUCUGGAAGGGACAGCAAAGCUGAUAUUUUAUUUAAAGCCGUUGACCACUGCAAGCUGCUUCAGCGAGACAUUCAGGAGAUAACCGGCGCCCUGGACGCCGUCCGUCUAGAGAAAGAAGGACUGGAUGCUGAGAUCAAAAGCCUGGAGACCAGAGUGCCUGACAUGAGCCUGUACAAAGAGCUGACGACUGGCAUGAACGAAAUGUACGAGGACUACGUCAAACAGCGCACCAACAGCAACGACGCAUUUUGGGCCUUUCACUUGACCAUGAGUCCACUGUUUGAGUCCUACAAGGCAAGCGUCAGGGGCAGAUCUAUGGGCGACUUCCUUGUGUCGGUCGCAGAGUGGACCAAGACAGCUUUUAGUGGCAACUUCAAAGAAGUAUGCAUGGCAUCACUUAGAGAUGGCAUCAGCGAUUUCCAGAAAGAUGGGUCCGAUGUUGACGGAGCCAGCUUCAGCGACAACCUGCCCGGCCACACCUCACCCCAGUCCAUGCCCUACCCAGGCGACAGCGACUAUACCCUGGGUUCGAAUCCCUACAAGUCCCAGAUGCUCACGCAGUCCCCCGACCACCUUCUCCAGAGCCCUCAAGCUCCCAUGGUCCAGGACUACAGCCGGACUCCGACCUUCACCUUGGACCAGAACCCCGCAGGGUCCGCAGAGCCCACGGGCCACAGACACGAGGCGAGCGACAGCCUCAGCAGCUCGGUCGACGACCACCGCGCCCUCGCCAACUUCAGCCCGCACUUGACCAUGUCCCACCCCGCGGAGCUGUCCUUCCUGGACGCCGGCACCGGCAACCCAACCUGCAGCGACAGCUCCAGCUUGUGCGACGUUUACCUGAACCUCGACCACGACCAGCUCCAGGGUUACCAGAGGCAAGAAGCCUGGCAGCAGGGCAAUGACCUUUACCCUAAAUACCAUCUCCAGCACCAACCUAACCUUUACCAAACUGACCAUAUUAUCCCGUCCGCUUCAUCUUUUGACCUGAACAAGGUUCAUUCCUUCUGGGCAACGUCCUAUCUACCCGACGAUUACGACCACACGUUGGCUCUGCCUAUGGACAGGUACGAAGACCUAACACCCAAACUCCACCCAUCCAACAUGAUAGGCGAUCACGCCCGGGUUAAGAGCCUGUCUCAGUCCUCCAACGAGAGCGAGAGCUCCAUGCUGACCAUCAGCUCCUUGGCCAGACAAGCAACGGAGACUUUAAGAAACCGCGAGGCUCAGCUUUCUCCGUCCACCGACGGUUGCCUGUCGCCAGCGACCAACACGGGGGGCACCAGUCCCAGCGCCUUGAGAAACAUGGACCAAUUAAUGGCCAAUCGCGCGCUACUGCAAGACUCGUACCUAGACCCUAGCAUGGAAACAAACGAAAGUUACACUCGUAGUUUGAGCAACAACCACAUGGCUCUGCCCAGUUACAACGAGACGUUUGGCGGACAGCGAACAGCUGACCAGCGCACCAGCGAUGCUGCUGAAAUGCUGAGCAAGCGCUUCAUCGACUUCAGCUCGCGAGUCAAGCAUGAUGGUCACUCUAAAGCCAAAAAACUGACCCACUCUCCGCUACUGGCCGAGCUUCUUCUCCCUCAGAACCCCACAACCCAAUGGCGGCCGUUUAGAUCGUCUACAGAGGAAAAUGGUCUGCUUGGCUUAGAGAAGUCGUCUUUUACGUCUAGUUCUGGGAACAUUUCGUCUUUUAGCCCCAGCUCGGGAACAAUUUCGUCCUUUGGUUCCAGUUCUGGGAACAUUUCGCAACAACUUUCGGUAAAGACGACUUCAAACGACACCAGCCAAUACUUAAGCAGCUCUGUAUUUUCAAACAAACUCGACGUUAGAUACAAACCUCGGGUAUCCGAGCCCAAAGACAAUGCAAAUUUAAUGCUCGUAGGCUCGCCUUUGAACAUCUUCAACGAAGGACCCUCCCACGGCGAGCACGGUGCAAAUUUGUUUCACUCUCUGAGCUCCUCAGCCAAAGGAGGUUCGGACCAACGCGAGGCUCAGUUCAAGUCGCCGAAGGAGCCCAACAGAGCAACCCACUUCCAGUUCAGCCCCGAGCAGGAUGAGUAUUUGAAAAUGGCGCAGUACGAACUCUCCCAGAAGUACGGUCAGCCACGCGACACCCAGCAGCUGACCUUAUCACGUGACAGCCCAACGUUCGCCAUGGAGAAGCUGGACAGUCGAGAACUCAACAGCUAUCCCAUUUCCAACGACCAAAGCUUCUUCCUGCGGUCUCUACCCACACCCAACCACAGGCCGCUCACGGGCAGGAAGAGCUCUUUCGAAGAGAGCUUCCCCGCCGAGGAUCCACGUGAUCACGCAAACAGCUGCAAGAAGACUUGCUAUUGGCCAGAAGGCGCGGAAAGGUGCACCAUUCAAAACUCAGAAGACAAUUUGCCAAUGGCCAGAGUUUUAACACGUGGGAGUCCAGACAGGAAGCCAGUUGAAAUUCGAGUCUAAAAACUUUUAAAAGUGUUCACAAUGUACAUAGUUCUCCUUACACGCCAAUGUUGAUGUUUUAAAAAAUCAAAACUCUCUCUCUGUGCUUUGGCUGACCAUUAUUUAUAUGCUACUUAAUGAAGAAAGCAAGAUGUUUGACAGGAAUUGAAUGUGUGUGAUAAGAAUGGCUCAAGUGCUUGAAUAUCCCAUUGACCUCUGUGAUGUUCUGUAAAACUACUGUAAAUAAUGUCUAGUGCCAUACUAUGUAAUCUUGUUGAAUUGAAAUACUUAACUUAAGCACUAUUUACAAUGAAUGAAUGACCAAUGUUUUAUUGAACGACUGAGCAAUAUUUCCUAUGAAUGUAUGCAUGUAUUCACUUAAUGAGUAAUAUUUUAAAUGAAUGAUUAAAAAUCAUUUCUAUCAAACAUUCACAGUGAAUGACUGGGUAUUAUUUUAAGUAGAUAAUUAAAAUAUAUGUGUAUUAAUUAUUGAACUGUUACUAUAAUGAAGAGAGAAAUUAAAUGUACAGUAUGCUGCUUA